AUGAAACUUGCCCACGGGACAACAGCGCUGCCAACCUUUAUGCCUGUCGCAACGCAGGCUGCUAUCAAGGGCCUGACUCCACAGCAGGUGGAAUCCCUGGGUGUCAACCUCAUACUCAAUAAUACGUAUCAUCUCAACCUUCGUCCCGGUAUCAGGAUCUUGAAAGAGGUGGGGGGCGCUCACAAGUUUCAGGGCUGGAAUCACAACCUCCUGACUGAUAGUGGUGGCUUCCAACUCGUCUCACUCAAUAAAUUCACUCAGAUUACGGAAGAAGGCGCGCUAUUCUCAAGUCCAUUUGAUGGCGAACCCACCAUGUUGACACCAGAGGAGAGCAUGUCCAUUCAGCAUGCUAUCGGCGCCGAUAUUAUGAUGCAGCUCGACGAUGUGGUGUCCAGUCUCACUGUUGGUCCACGAGUCGAAGAGGCUAUGUGGCGAACAAUCCGCUGGCUAGAUAGAUGCAUCGAAUAUCACAAUAAGUCCGGGAGGAAGGUCGUACAGAACUUGUUUGCUAUCGUACAGGGCGGGCUUGACCCAAAGCUCAGAGAUCUGUGUCUGGACGAAAUGGUUGCAAGAAAGGACAGAGUCACCGGCUACGCCAUAGGAGGGCUAAGCGGUGGAGAGGCUAAGGACGUUUUCUGGAGAAUAGUCAAACAGUGCGUAGACAAGCUGCCUGCAGAUCGUCCUCGGUAUUGCAUGGGUAUCGGCUUCGCUGAAGAUCUCUUGGUUUGCGUUGCCUUAGGAGUGGAUAUGGCUGAUUGUGUGUUUCCCACCCGGACCGCACGAUUUGGAGUUGCGCUUACAUUUAAUGGUCCUCUGAACCUCAAACUGAGCAAGCACAGCCACGACCUCAGGCCCAUCGACAAGACUUGUCCUUGCCCCACAUGCAAUGACGGCAUGUCUCGAGCGAUGUUGCAUCACAUAGUGACGUUGGAGACUGCAGGCGCUCAUGCUCUCACGCAGCAUAAUAUCGUUUUCCAAGCUAGAGUCAUGGGCGGUGCACGCGACGCUAUCUUGAAUCAAACCUUCCCUGCCUACUUGAAGAAAUUCUUCGCCGACUACUUCGGAGAUACUGGCUAUCCGGAGUGGUGUGUAAACGCACUGAGAAGUGUCGGGGUUGAUCUGCUGGAGGAGAAAUCGAACGUAGCAAUAAUUUCCGGUGACGGCGCGAAAUGGGAAUAUUCGGAAGCGGCAUAA